AUGGCGCCCACUAAAUACACCGACCGACCUAUCCCGGCUAUUUCCCUUGCCGACUUCGACUCACGUGUCGAGGAAAUUACACAGCAGCUCUGUUCCGCGGCAGAAGACGUCGGGUUCUUCUGUGUCACUGAUCACGGUAUCCCGCUGUCAUCAAUUAACGAGAUAUUUGAACUGUCGUCCCGUUUCUUCUCACUACCCGAUGAAGUCAAAGCAGAGGUUGCUUUCUCAUCCGCGCGGAACACGGGUUGGGAGAAAAACGCCCAAAUCAGACCCUCUACCGGGGCAGUCGAUCGGAAGGAAUCCUACCAGAUGCAAUUUGGCGCAAACAUGGAGGGGAAGUGGCUUCCAGAUGCAACUUUGCCACAUUUUCAAACCUCUGCACUCGAAUUUAUGCACCAGGUACAGGCUGUCUCGGAGAAAUUGAUGAAAUGCUUCGCAUACGGCUUAGGCUUCGAAGGUGACCAUUUCAUUCGUGCUCAUGAUAUCAGCCGCCCCGAGUCUCAGACUGUAUGUCGUUUGUUACACUACUUCGAGGUUCCCGAUAACAAUGAGCGAGGAAGCGAGGUAUGGCAUCGUGCGGGAGCUCACACUGAUUGGGACCUUCUCACACUCCUUUUUCAGAAAGAAGGCCAAUCUGGGCUGGAGAUCUGCCCUGGUCGCGAGGUCAGCACAUCCUUUGGCUACGGUGAUACAUGGACCAAAGUUGAGCCAUCCACUACGGGCGCUAUCAUUUGCAAUAUUGGAGAUUUACUAAUGAGCUGGUCCGAUGAUCGAUUCAAGUCAACCUUCCAUCGCGUGAAGGCUCCUACUGAGGUUGGCGACUAUUAUGGCGAAAGAUAUAGCAUUGCUUUCUUCAAUCAGCCGUGUCACGACGCACUCAUUCAAGGCCCAGAGAAGAAGUACCCUCUUGUGACAGGUGCUGAGUUUACAACAAAUGCAAUGAAUAUGUACUAUUCCAAGACAAGAAAGGAUGAAAAGGUGAAGAUUGAGGACGCCGCAAUCGCUGUGCUGGUGAAUUAA